AUGAAUAGCAUCACCAUUAAGGAUAAAUUUCCAAUACCAGUUAUUGAUGAGCUACUGGAUGAAUUGCAUGGCUCAAUUUUUUUUACUAAGAUUGACUUGAAGUCUUGUUACCACCAAAUCAGAGUCUCUCCUUCUGACAUCUACAAAACAGCCUUCAGAACUCACCAUGGGCAUUUUGAAUUCAAGGUAAUGCCAUUUAGUCUCACUAAUGCACCAGCUACUUUUCAAUCUCUAAUGAAUAACAUUUUUCAAGAACAUCUUAGGAAGUUCAUACUUGUUUUUUUUGAUGACAUUAUGGUAUAUAGUCCUUCCUUAGAGGCUCACUUAUUACACUUACAAACAACAUUGGAGUUACUCAGACUACAUCAGCUGACAACAAAUUUCUCCAAAUGCUCCUUUGGGCAAUCUCAAAUUGAGUUCUUGGGACACAUCAUUACAGGAAAUGGGGUUAUGGCUGAUCCUGAGAAGAUUUCUGCAAUGGUGGAUUGGCCCACUCCCACCAACCUGAAAGCCUUGAGAGGUUUCUUAGGAUUUACAGGAUACUAUAGGAAAUUUGUGCAGAAUUAUGGCCUCAUUAGCAGACCACUUACUGAACUAUCGAAGAAGGAUGCUUUCAGUUGGUCUACAACAACAAAUACAGCUUUUUUGCAGCUCAAACAGGCCAUGACAACUACUCCAGUUUUGGCACUGCCUGAUUUUAGAAAACAGUUCAUACUUGAAACUGAUGCUUGUGACUUGGGAAUUGGAGAUGUCCUUAUGCAAGAAGGCAGAGCUAUAGCCUUCUACAGUAAGCCACUUGGCCCAAGAGCUGCUGCCUUAUCCACUUAUGAGAAGGAGCUUUUAGCAAUUGUUCAAGCAGUCACUAAAUGGAAACAUUACUUACAGGGCCAGCAUUUCAUUAUAAACACAUAUCAUCAAAGCAUCAACUACUUUCUGGAGCAGUGGAUUUCUACUACUUUGGUGCAGAAAUGGCUUAUAAAACUUUUGGGUUUUGAUUAUGAAGUCAGGCUUUAUGUUGGCAGCUCUUCUACAACAAAAUCCAAAAUUCUUAACUCUUUACAUUGUUCAGCUGUUGGUGGUCAUUCUGGUAUGCAAGCUACUUAUAUUAGAGCCAAAUCUUAUUUCUUUUGGCCUGGUAUGAAGAAGGAUAUCUUGUUAUAUGUCUCCACUUGUGAUGUAUGUCAAAGAAAUAAAGGGGAACACACAUUCCCAUCUGGCUUACUUCAGCCACUACCAAUUCCAGAUCAUGUUUGGCAACACAUAUCCAUGGAUUUCAUUGAAGGCUUACCCAUGAGUGAAAGGAAAUCAGUUAUCCUGGUGGUGGUUGACAGGUUAACAAAGUACAACCACUUCAUUGGCCUCCACCAUCCAUACACUGCUUCUUCUGUUGCCAGAGAAUUCAUUUCACAUGUUUUCAAGCUUCAUGGUCUGCCAUCUUCCAUUGUUUCUGACAGAGACAAGAUCUUCGCCAGCAACUUUUGGAAAGACCUAUUUAGUGCUCUUGGCACUCAGCUGCACCUCAAUACAGCUUACCAUCCCCAGACUGAUGGCCAAACUGAAAGAGUAAACUCUUGCCUUGAGAGUUAUUUGAGAUGUGUGUGUGGUUACCAGCCGAAGAAAUGGUAUUUAUGGCUUCCCCUUGCAGAAUGGUGGUGUAACACCAACUACCACACCAGCUUGAAGAUGUGCCCAUUUCAAGACUUAUGCUCUACAAAAAUCUCAAGAGAAAAUGAAGUUUUUGCUGCUGACCAAAAAAGGACUGAUAGAGUUUUCUCUGUAGGAGACAAGGUCUACUUGAAGCUGCAACCUUACAGGCAAGCAUUUGUGGCUCUCAGAAGAAACUUGAAACUUGCUGCCAAAUACUAUGGGCCAUUUGAGCUGAAGCAACACAUUGGUACCACUCACAUCCCUUCUCCUGCACUACCUGUUUUAGAUACAGAUAGACAGUUUCUUGUCAUUCCUGCAGCUGCUCUAGACUCAAGAACUAUUAUGCGCAAUGGUGUUUCUGUGCCUCAACUACUUAUCCAGUGGACUAACUCUUCCACCACAGAGGCUACAUGGGAGGAUGCAAAGCACAUUGCUCAUCAUUUCCCUAAAUUCCAUCCUUGA